AACACCCAGCUCGCAUCGCGUCCAUUGAUGCAUCGGGCAAGUGGUACCGUUCCGUCCCCUCCCCGAUCGCGUACGCCUCUGAGUGCUGGGAGCCACACACGCACACGCACACGCACAGCGCGACGACGAACUGAAUCAGGUCAUGGGCACAUGGAGCCUUGGCGACUUUGCCGAAACGAGCCGGGCGCUAGCUGGUAGAUUGCGUAGAGCGAGGCGGCAGCCAUGAGCCUCUCCGUGUGCAAUGUUUCUUGUCCCGGCAGGCAGGCAGGCAGCCGGAGCCAUCGGCGCGUCGUCAGAUCUUCCACCGGCUACUUAAACGCCUGCUACUGCCGUUUGCCGGCCGGCCUAACUGACAAAGCAUCGCGCUUGAGUGGGCCGGGCGUUGAGGUCUGGUCAAGGCGUCGAGCGUCCUGCAAGGCUGCAAUGGCCUGCGCGGCGGCGGAGCGCAAGGCGAUCAGGGUCCUCCUCGUCGAGGACGAGGAGAUCCACAGGGUUCUGGCGAGGGCGCUGCUGAGGUCGGCCGUCGGCGGCGUGGAGCUGGACGAGGCGAGGACCGGCGCCGAGGCGGUACGGCGCGUUCGGGAUGGCGGUGCCGCCGGCGCCUACGACCUCAUCAUCACCGACGGGAAGAUGCCCGUCAUGGACGGACGCGAGGCGACGCGGCAGAUUAGGGCCAUGGGCGUCACGACGCCGAUCGUCGGGCUGUCCAGCGACACCUUCCCGUCAGACGUCGACGCGUUCCUCAAGGCCGGGGCCGACGACUUCACGCCCAAGCCACUGUCCAAGGAGAAGCUCGUCCGUAUUCUUGCCAAAUUCAAUCUCGCUUAGCUCUCUGUUUGCUGUCCAAGGAGAAGCUCAUCCGUAUUUUCUUGCCAAAUUGGCAAAAUACAAUUCUUGCUUAGCUCUUCGUUUGGGUGCAAAUCUCAAUGAGGGGAUAAAUAAAGGCUCUCGAAGAAGUAUACA